CAACAGCGUCUCCACACACCGUUAGCAUAAACGUUCAGCCACUGAAGGUAGGUCACAGCGGUUUGUCUAAGUCGUCAACCUUAAUACACAUAAGUAUAUUUUAAACGUAUUACAUUCUCAACAGAAAAGGAGACAGAUUGUCAGACAUUUCAAUGACAAGUAUGACUUUAGAGUGCUAGCUGGUUAGCAGCAGAGCCUCAUGGACAAAGUUUCCGCGAGUUAACUUCCCUAAAAAAAAGAGAUUCUUGCUUCAACGAGUUGUCAACAUGUCGGUGCCUUUCUGCAACACCCAACUGAGAAUCCCACGGGGAUUCGGUGCCAUUCUGGAAGGACUAGUCCGAGAAAUCCUUCGAGACCAACCUGCAGAUAUUCCCAAAUAUGCUGCCCUCUACUUCAGGCGUCUUCUCGGCCAACGAGAAAACAGUGGCGUGGAUCCAAUUCAGUGGGCUGCCAGUUUGGAAGAGCGAUUUGACAACGACCGUUCAUUUCAGGAUGGUCCUCAAGCGGGGCCUGAAACAGGAGUUUCUGAAGAAGAAAGACCUGAGCUACAAACCGAAGAAGUGUCCCCUCAGUCCUCAGUGUCCAUACAACCUCAAGACUCCGUAGCAACAACUGAUCAAACUGAUGCUCAAAACGAGCAAGAUCAGGAUGUACCUCCGUCCGAGACACAAAGUGGAGUCUCAGGAGGAGACGAGAGCACAGAAGCUGGAGAGUCGAAGAAAGUGGCUGAGGGGGAUGCGAAGGAAGUGGCUCAGGAGGAGGCGAUAGAAGUGGCUGGGGAAGAGGUUCAGGCGAAGGCGAUAGAAGUGGCUCAGGAGGAGGCUCAAGAAAAUUCUCAGGAGGAAGCUCAGGGGGUGGCUGAGGGAGCUCAGUCGGCUGAAGGGGUUGCUGAGGAGGACACUGAAGGGAAAGCCAAGGAGGAUGCUGUGGAAGUGGCUCAGGAGGAGUCUAUAGAAGUGACUCAGGAAGAGGCUGAGGAGAAAGCUAUAGAAGUGGCUCAGGAAGAGGCUCAAGAGAAGGCUCAGGAGGAGGCCCAGGAGAAUGCUAUAGAUCAGGAAGAGGCUCAGGAAGAGACUCAAGAGAAGGCUCAGGAGUUGGCUGAAGUGGGUGUCGAGGAAGACGCAGAAGGGAGCGCUAAGGACACUGAAGGGACCACUGAGGGGGAAGCUGCCGACCUUAGAGAACCAGAGGCAACCGUGGAGAAUGUCACGGUUGCUGAUAAUCAAGAUGAUAAUUCACAGGCUGCUGAUGAAGAGAGCGCUAAAGCCGAGACAGAAGAAGCUGAAGAAGCACAGUCUAAAACUGAAACCCUCAUUGACGAACAAGAAGUUCAAGAUCAGGCUGAAAAGCCAAACGAGGUGGAAGGAGCCGUAACCGAGGCUCCUAAUGAAGAAGAUGGCCAAUCAGCUGAUACAGAAGGAAAUGUGGACAUCAGUGCUGAACCCACAGAAAAUUCCUCAGUUGAGGUGGGCUCAAUGCAAGCCGAGCCAAGUGAUGAUCAGCGAGAAGGUCUAGAGGAGGUUUCAGAAACGUUGACACAGGAAGAGCAGGUCAGUGAGGAGCCUGAUAAGGAAGGAGAACAAAAUGAUACCAACAAUGAAGAAAUUGAAGGUAUUUUUGACGGUUUGGACACAAUCAUGAAUACAUUAGAGUUUUUACCGAGGUCAUCUCUUGAGAGUUUUAAUAUGGACUGCCGCAACCAGGAGGAACGCAGCAGACCCCAGGAGGAGGAGGACAUCAUGGACAUCCCGCUGGAUGACCCCGAGGCCAACAGGGCAGCCGCCAAGAUCCAGGCGGGCUUCCGUGGCCACAUGACCCGUAAGAAGAUGAAGCCGGAAGACAAGGCAGAAGGAGAGGAGGCGCUCCAGCAGCAGCCGACUGAAUCGUCAUUCUCUAAGCGCUGAUAAAUGAACCUGCUUCUCAAAACAUUGUUCAGUCACCAGAGAGAUGUUAACGUUGUCAUUUAGUCGAAUUGAAAUGGUAAUUGAGCAGACAGCCGCUCUUUAGAAGACGCUGUUAAAAAUGAAAAAGGGUUGCACUUGUUUCUGUGGUUGCUAACAAAGAUACGUGGUGGUUAUUUUUGUUUUCAUUUACAAGACAAAAAAUAAAUACAAACAACACAACA